AUGUUAUGGAAUUGGAACACAGUAGAUUCCUGCUUCAUCUCCGAAUCAUGGCACAUAAGAUCGAACGGGAUCUUCGCCGCUUCCUGCCUUGGUGUCAUCCUCCUCGUUAUGUCCCUCGAAUUCCUUCGCAGAAUGGCAAAAGUAUACGAUAAUCAUCUGCACCGUCAACAUCAACUAGCAGACCCUGGGCAAAAUGGUAUCGAAUCAAAGGGGCUACUGCCUUCAAGGAGCAGUGGUGAGGCCACAUUGGCGAUCUCGAAUCAACAGCCGUUUCGACCAAAUGUGAAGCAGCAGGCAGCUCGGGCGACUUUGCACAUGUUGCAGUUUGCAGUUGCGUAUUUCGUUAUGCUGUUGGCUAUGUAUUAUAAUGGGUUCAUCUUGGUAUCCAUUUGUAUUGGAGCUUGGUUUGGUUGGUUCGUUUUCAGUUGGAAAAGUGUU